AUGUUGCGCUGUCGACUGCGUCGAACACUUGCAACGAGGCGCAAAGUUUCAGUUGCUUCUUUGCGCGCGUGGAAAACUAUCGAGGACAAGUGGCAAAAAAAAUGGGCUAAACAAGAUCUGCAGCUGGCGUCACCUACUGAGAAAGAACCGUUCUAUUGCCUUGCCAUGUUCCCGUACCCGUCGGGUCAGCUGCAUAUGGGUCACGUACGCGUGUAUACAAUCAGUGACAGUAUGGCGCGUCUGAAGCGUAUGCAAGGAUACAAUGUGUUGCAUCCUAUGGGAUGGGAUGCCUUUGGAUUACCUGCGGAAAACGCAGCCAUCGAACGCGAUAUUUCGCCAGUUGAAUGGACCGUUGCUAAUAUUGCACAAGCUAAAGAGCAACUCAUAGCAUUGGGCAUUCAAUUUGACUGGAACCGUGAGGUCACGACGUGCAAACCGGAAUACUACAAAUGGACUCAAUGGAUCUUUCUGCAAAUGUACGAAAAAGGACUCGCCUACCGCAAGGAAGCACUUGUGAAUUGGGAUCCGGUGGAUAAGACAGUGCUCGCGAACGAACAAGUAGACGCAGAGGGAAGAUCUUGGCGCUCUGGAGCCAUUGUCGAGCAGCGCUCACUCAAUCAGUGGUUCUUACGCAUCACAAAGUACGGAGAUCGAUUGUUAGACGACCUCGACAAGCUUGUCAAGUGGCCGGGCGCCGUUAAACGCAUGCAAGCUGCGUGGAUUGGCCGCUCGAAGGGCUCACAAGUCGACUUUCGAGUUUGUUUGGAUACAGAUGUAAAGCCGAUUUCGUUAACGGUGUUUACCACGCGUGUUGAUACUCUUUUUGGUGUGACUUUCAUUUCGAUGGCUCCUGACAGCGCAUAUAUGAAGGAUCUUCUUCCUCAUCUUCCGGUGGCGCAACGUGCUGCUGUAAACGCCUAUGUCGCCAAAGUACAAGCCGUAAGCAAAGACACCCAAAGCGAUGGUGAAACAACGGCUGGUGUGUUCACGGGACUUUUUGUGCACCAUCCUCUUACUGACCGCCAAGUACCCCUAUACCUAGCCGAGUAUGUGCUGCCUCAUUAUGGCACCGGCGUGGUUAUGGGCGUACCUGCACACGACAACCGAGACCUGACAUUUGCGCGUCAUCAUAAACUCGAAGUGCGCUUUGUGGUGACGAGUAGUGACGGGGCAAUAUUGAAGAAAGACGAAGCAUUCAUGGAUUAUGGUGUGCUGCACGACAGCGAAGAAUUCACUGGUAUGACCUCACAAGAUGCUACGAGGGCUAUCAAUGCUCGCCUCAAGUGUAAUGAAUUGGGUGGUGCAAUGACUCAAUUUCGUCUGCGCGAUUGGCUUGUGUCCCGUCAGCGGUAUUGGGGCACACCCGUGCCGAUCAUUCACUGUCCUAUGUGUGGUCCAGUUGGUGUCCCUACUGAGCAGCUGCCGGUUGAGCUGCCACCUCUAGACAAGGAUGUGGCUUAUACCUUGCGUGGCAGGAACAGCAGCGACUCUCCUCUUGCGCGUUUAGCUCACUGGAAGCAAUGUAGAUGCCCACGUUGUGAUGGUGAAGCUGAGCGUGACACUGAUACACUGGACACGUUCGUCGAUAGCUCGUGGUAUUACAUGCGCUACUGUGACGCGCGCAACGACACGGCUGCAUUUAAACCAGAGCAAGCACAGACAUGGCUGAAGCGCACGGGUGUGGAUCUUUACAUUGGUGGGUUGCUGACCACCGACGAGCCUUUUGCACAGCUCCUAGCUCAAGGAAUGGUGCUAGGCCGCACGCAUAAGUCACCUCACUCGUUGCGACCAUUAGCGCCAGACGAAUACGAUGAGGUGAUCGAUGACGGUAAAAAAAUUAUUCAAGAAAAAAAGACCGGGCUACCGGUAGUGACGCAGUGGGAAAAAAUGUCUAAAUCUAAGUACAAUGGGGUGGAUCCGGGACAUAUUUGUCGUCGUUACGGUGCCGACGUGACUCGUCUUGCUGUGCUCUUUAAGGCACCACCUGCUCACGAGUUGGAAUGGGAUGAAGCCGAUCUUGCUGGUCAAUCACGCUGGCUGGCUCGAGUUUGGGUGCUCGUGGAUGGCUUAUUGGUCCGUCGGCAACAUGGUCCACGUCUGCUUGUCGAUGAAAAGGUCGAAAAUAAGCUUAUGUAUGAGCUGCAUGGUACUAUCAAACGUGUGACCGAGGCACUAAAUGACUUCCAUUCGUUCAACGUUGCUAUUGCAGAGCUUAUGAAGCUUUCAAACCUCUUGGCUGAGAGCCGUUCCCAGGUGGAGGGCUCUGUCGCUUAUAAUGUUGCCCUGAAAACGCUUAUCUUGAUGUUGGCUCCGUUGGCUCCUCACAGUGCUUCUGAGAUGUUCCAGGCUUUGCAAGAUGGUAGUGAGGCAUUAGACGUGCACGCAUGUGCAUGGCCAGAGUACGAUUAUAAAUUGCUAAAACGUGCUCAUGUAAAGGUCGUUUUGCAAGUGCAUGGCAAGCCGCGCGAUACUAUCACGGUAGAUUCUGCCUUACUGGAGGUCCAGGAUUCGGAUGGCGUAUUGGCACUGGCAUUGGCCUCCCCUGCCGUUCAGCGCCAUUUACGAGGACGUGCCGUACGAAAAGCUGUGUUGGUAGCGCCCAAAAAGCAAGGUGCCCAUGGGCUGCUUAACAUUGUGACGAAGUAG